GUAAGAAAGACCGCGCACUCUCUUGUCCUUUAGCCUAGACAGUGAUACCAAGAAAAGCUUGCUAAGGCUGGAAUACCUAUUUGUUUGGUUACUUUUACUGUACAUAUGUGAGUACCAGAGAAUGUUUUGUUGUUCUUUCAUAUCCCUAUAGCAGUAACCGCGAGGACUAAUGGGGAUUGCAGUACUUCUGGUCCUGAUUCUUCGGCAUUGGAUCAACAACGUGGAGGGUAAGGCUAGAGACCGAAUCAAAUGGCUUUGAUUAAAUAACUUCAGUAACUUCUCCUUUCAAGGUUACAUGUAACUGCAGUAUAUCCAGAUUUUCCCCUAGAUUAUAAUACCUUUAGUAUACUUUUAUAGAGAUAAAUAUUCCACUUCAUACAUGAAUGCAAUGUAUUGCUUACAUUUGAAUUAGUUUAUUUGAUCCAGUGGUUUUUAUAUACAAAUAUUUAUUUAUUUACAAAUUAUUAUUGUGAUUUAUCAUGAUAACAUAACCGAUCGUUUGCUCUAGUUAUUCAUGCGCAAGUUAACCAGGCACAUCACAAAGACAGAGGCACUAAACAAUCACUCAUAUACUGAUAUACCGUAUUACAUGCCAGGCAGUGCAGUGCCGUGAGACAGUAUAACCUGUGUUAGACAGGGCCAACCACACUGACCACUUCUCUAUUCUAUAUUCCCCGUGUGGUGUCCAUGUAGGAACAUGUUCGGUUGGCAGUGCAGUGACUUGUGAUGAGUGUCUCCAGCUGGGUCCCCACUGUGCAUGGUGCACACAAGAGGUAGGCUAUACAUCUAGGGUAGGGGAACCCAAUUAUAUUCAGCUGUGGGCCGAUUGUUCCUUGAGCGGAUGGUCGGGGGGCCGCAUUAUAGUUAUAAAUAAUUUGGGCACGGCAAAUUGACCGCAAGAAUCCCAAACAGAUACAAUAUUUGACAAAAACUGAAUAAUUUCAAACCUUGAUUAUAUUGGGAUACGAUCACAUAUGCCUCUCUAUUUAUGCAUGGGAAUACUUAGGAACAUAUUUCCUUUAAUACAAAUAACUUUGAGGUCAUUUCCUGGUGAUUUUACAGUCUUUUAUGUCCAAGAAUGAAAUGUAUAUAUAUAUAUAUAUAUAUAUAUAUAUAUAUAUAUUGCACAGAAAACUUGGGGGCCAAAUAUAAUCACUGCCUAAAUGAUCUUCAGAAGUUGUACCUUUCAGUUAGUACUACAGUAUGAAUAUGACUAUUGACUGACAAAACACAAAUAUCUGUGUCAGAUUGGUUGUAAUGUGGGAGUAAAACCUUGUGGUGUUUUUAACCUCUCAGAAUUUCACAGACUCGUUUUUAAUCAGUGAGCGAUGUGACACGCCAUACGUCCUCCAAGAGAGGGGCUGUCCCCAGGACCAGGUAGAAUUCCCUGUGACCAUCUCCGAGGUCCACCGGGACCAGCCUCUCGGGAAGAAGACGGGGAAUACCAACAGCACACAGAUAUCGCCACAGAAGAUGGCCCUCAAACUCAGAACUGGUAAACCCUUAUUUAUACAGUUAUUGAUGGAGACCUGGGGCAGUCGCUGUGUUCAUUAUUUAUACAGUCAUUGGGUACACUGCCUACUGCUCACAAUGUGAGUACAUGUUGGCCUGGCGGUGAUUUGAAGUUGAUUUAGAAACUAUUUUUGAUGAAGGGAGGAUGUUUAAUGAAUAUUUUCACACCAUUUUUCACAUAAAGAUAAUAAUAUGAAUAUCAUUUCUCACUAGCAUGGUCAGCCCUUGAACUGAACGGAGCCCGGAUAGAGAGACAGAAAACACUCUCCUAUUUCUUGUUUUUUUUUGUUCAGGCAGUGAGGUGACCUUCCAGAUCAGUGUGCAGCAGACAGAGGACUACCCUGUAGACAUCUACUACCUGAUGGACCUCUCAGCCUCCAUGAUUGACGACCUGGAGAUGAUUAAAGACUUGGGCUCCACCCUGUCCAAGGAGAUGGCAAAGCUCACCAGUAAAUUCAGACUUGGAUUCGGGUCCUUCGUUGAGAAACCAGUCCUCCCGUUCAUUAAGAUCACUCCUGGAGAGUUGGAGAACCCUUGCAGGUAGGGUACAGUAUGGUUGGGAGAAAUUAAAUGAAAACCAUUUGUAACACCACAUCCUCUAUGGUUAAAGUACAAAUGAAGACCACUUUCUUUAUAUAAUAAUAUAAUAUAUGCCAUUUAGCAGACACUUCUAUCCAAAGCGGCUUACAGUCAUGCGUGCAUAAGUAUGGGUGGUCCCGGGAAUCAAAACCCACUACCCUGGCGUUACAAGCACCAUACUGAGCUACAAAGGACCAGCUUUCUGUGGAAGAGACAGAUUUUCUCACUGAAAGAGCUUAGUAAACGAGUCUGUUUAUAACAAGCUUACUUGUUCUUAGUAAUGGUAAUAGCUAGUAAUAAUUCAUUAGUUAAACAGUGAUGGAAAUUCUUAUCUGUAGACAUGGAAAGUCAUGUAAAGUUAUUUUAUUUGUAAUUUGUCUAAGAGUGGGAACCCUGGUCAUAGAUGUAAUACGCUAUGUUUCUCUGUGGUAUUCCCGUGCAGGAGUGUGGAUGAGAGCUGUCUGCCAACGUUUGGAUACAAACACGUCCUGCCCCUCACCAGCAGCACAGAGAAGUUCAACGACAUCAUCACCAACCAGCGUGUGUCUGCCAACAUCGACCUGCCGGAGUGUGGCUUCGAUGCCAUCAUGCAGGCUGCUGUCUGUGGGGUAAGUGACAGAGUCUGUGGUUCAGGUUUGAUUUGAUUUGUCCCCAUUUUAAUAGAAUAGAAUAGAGCUGAAUAUAAAAUAAUACUGUAGAAUAGAAUGUAAGGGAAGGGAAUGGAAUGGAAUAGAAUAUCUUUAUUUUUCAAGGGAACUUCAGGUGUGCUUUGACAUCGGACUAUUGGAUUAUUCCGAUAUAAUAAUCUCUCAUCUCUCCCUGUUAGGACAAGAUAGGCUGGAGGAACGACUCCAUGCGUCUGUUGGUGUUUGUGAGCGACGCCGACUCUCACUUUGGGAUGGACAGCAAGAUGUCAGGCAUCGUCAUCCCUAACGACGGGGAGUGCCAUCUGGACAGCAACAAUGAAUACUCUAUGGCUGCCCAUCUGGUAAGGGGACAGUCACAUCAGAUCCAUUCAUUAUGUCUAUGACUGGGGUUGUAAUACUAUGAUUCACUAUUUAUGAUACUAUAACAUGGCUUUCAUUCCUAUACAUGGUGAAAGAGUGUCCCUUUACUGUAAAGACUACUGGCUCUUUGGGGUCUAGGCCGGGUGACUGUAAAGCACUUUUUAUUACUGUUGAUGUGAAAAAGGCUUUAUAAAUACUUUGAAUUGUUUUAUUAAUUGGUAUGAAAUACGAUGGUCUGAGGUUUUAAAAUACUGACUUUGUCCUCCCAGGAAUACCCAACUCUGGGACAGCUGAUGGAUAAACUGGUGGAGAACAAUAUCCUGCUUAUAUUCGCUGUGACGGAAAAUCAGAAACACAACUACGAGGUGAGAACUUCUCCUUCUCCCUCCAUUGUCUUUUUCCCAACAGCAAUGUGACAUUUACCUGUUAAAAAACACCGGGUUGAAAUGAGGUAUGUGGUAAGCCGGUUAUGGAAUGGAGAAGCAAAAUGUAUCUCUAUGUAUCGUUGAGGUUAGCAUAUUUGAUUCAUUAAGUACUCUCAGUGGACGUGUUGGAACAAGCGCUCUUUUCUUCCUGUUUUCGGUAGAGCUUAUUUCCUUAUGAGGUUGCUGUGACUGGACGACCGACCUACAUAAACAGUAACAGUGUAUAUGUUGUGUGUUUUAUCUCAGAACUAUGCACAUUUCAUACCUGGUGCCACGGUGGGGGUUUUGGAAUCAGAUUCAAGGAACAUCCUGGAACUGAUUGUGACAGCGUAUAAGGUAAGAAUACGCUCCUGUCACUGUGGGUGUACAGUGUGUUUGUUAGUUAGCUAGCAGGACUAUUGAGACUUGCUGAGUACAUGGCCAUAGUGACCUCUGCCUAGCUGCCUCGGCCUAGAUUAUUCCUUUCUGUUUAUCUCUUCUCUCUCCCUCCUCUCUUCACCACCCCUCUCUCCCUCCUCUCUCCAAAACCCCUCUCUCUCUCCUCUCUCCACCACCCCUCUCUCUCUCCAACACCCCUCUCUCCCUCUCCUCUCUGAACCUCAGUAUGCUGUCAGCAGGUCUGUACUCGCCCCUGCUGUUUGAUCCUCUGUGGCUCUGUGUUCCUCCCUACAGUCUAAUCCCUAUUGGCUGCACUCCUACAGCGUGUGUGUGUGCGAGUGUAUACACGAGGGUAUGCGCGAGUGGUGUGAGUGCGUGUGUGUUGAGGGAGAUGAGAGCAGACCCACAGCCUCUAAUCACUUCAUCAGACACUUCCUGAACAGCCUACCAUAGCCAAGUCACGUCUGGCUCUGCUAGCUAUGCCAAGGGGCUUCACUGAGAGCUUUAUUCAAUACAGAGCUAAUGGCAAAGCACUUAGCAUCUAGCAUCUAGCAUAAUAAGAAAUGUACAGGACAUACUUUAUGUGAAAGUUAUUAAGAUGUCAGCCACGUUACCAAUGUACCUUAUUUGUGGGAUAACUAGAUAUUGAUCUAGUGCUCCUCAUAAUACACUGUACAUGAGUACAGUACUGCUCCAGCUGUGUCUCAGCUCAAGCUUUUGGCUAAACAUCUAGCUUUGUAUUCUCAAGCAUCACACAGCCCACAUCUUCCCCAAAGGCCUGAAGGAACUAAAGGAUAAAAAAAUGCCAAGUACUCUGUCAACACUGUGCUCACUUAGAGAAAGAGUCCCAAGAGUCUGCUCUGAGGUCAGAUCUAUCUCACUAUACCCUGUGGUGAUUGGCUACUAACACCUGGAAAACCUGGGAGCUUGACGGAAUACCUGGGAAGUUACUGGGAUCAUGACUCACACCACUCAGAGAAAGGGACUUACCUAUAUACUGGAAGACUAGAAAUGAAUAGGCACAGCUGGGUAAACCUUAUCAGUGUUGGAGCAUACUGUAGACUUAGAAAGUGAGUAAUAAGUCAGUGGUUGCAGAAGCUUAUUAUGGUUCCCUUUCACACACACAAACACACACACACACACACACACACACACACACACACACACACACACACACACACACACACACAGGACUAGCACCUGACCACGGCCCUGUUAUAGGUUCACUUUCUGUUUCCAGGAGCUGCGGUCUGAGAUAGAGCUGGAGAUACUAGGAGACACUGAGGAUCUACAGAUCUCCUUCACAGCUAUCUGUCAGGAUGGAACGGUACUACCUGGACAGAAACUAUGCUCCAACGUCAAAGCUGGAGACACGGUUUGUUCCUAUUUUGCUUGUCAAUGCACAGUAAUAUUUGCAAAUAUGAAGCAGUUGGUCCGUGAUAUUCAAGAACAAUAUGUCAAAAGGUUCCUCUUGUCAUAACAAUACAGCCACCUCAAUACAUGUAUGCUAUAACAUUCACCCUUCAAUCUCUGUGAUUCCCAGGUCUCCUUCAACGUGACUGUAGAACUCUCUGAGUGUCUCGACGGUCCCCAGCACUUCCUCAUCAAACCGGUGGGCUUCCAGGACCCCCUGGAGUUAGAGCUGGAGUCCCUGUGCUCCUGUCCCUGUCACCAGACCCCCGAGCCCAACAGCAGCCACUGCAGCCUGGGCCGGGGAUCUCUGGAGUGUGGCUCCUGCCUGUGUGAUCCAGGGUACAUGGGGUCCAAGUGUGAGUGUAUGGAGGAGAGCACCCAGAGCAGUAACUGCAAGGCCAGUGGCGAUGCAGAGUUGUGUAGCGGACAAGGGGAGUGUUACUGUGGCCAGUGUGUGUGUCAGCCGUCGAGUUUCGGACGCAUCUACGGGGCCUACUGCGAGUGUGACGACUUCUCGUGUGUGAGGUUCCGAGGGGUACUCUGUGGAGGUGUGUACGUACGGUCGAAACACGGACUCUCAUGACAGGCAUUGUGGUUUCACCUAUUCCACUUUUGAUGAAAACAACUAAUGACUCAGUAAUAUAACAUAUGACUUUAGAAUAUUGCAGCAAGAUACACUGUAGUCACUUUCUUGCAUGCUAAUGUGUGUGUGUGUGUGUGUGUGUGUGUGUGUAGGUCACGGGGACUGUGACUGCGGCGAGUGUGUGUGUCUGAGCGGCUGGACGGGGGAGUACUGUAACUGCAGCAGCAGCAGGGACACGUGUGUGUCGGAGGACGGAGCGCUGUGCAGCGGACGGGGGAAGUGUGUGUGCGGGAAGUGUGUGUGUUCCAUGCCCGGAGCCUCUGGAGACACCUGUGAAAGGUGCCCUACCUGUGGAGACUCCUGUAGCUCUGCUAGGUAAGAAGAGCACACACCUGUCCAGUUUCCCAAUGGGUAAUAUGUACAGUGCCUUCAGAAACUAUUCAGGCCCCUUGACUUAUUCCACAUUUUGUUGUGUUACAGCCUGAAUUCAAAAUGGAUUAAAUAAAUAAAAAAUAUCACCCAUCUACACACAUUACCCCAUAAUGACAAAGUGAAAACAUGUUUUUAGACAUUUUUGCAAAUGUGUUGAAAAUUAAAUCUAGAAAUAUAUAAUUUACAUAAGUAUUCUCACCCCUGGGUCAAUACAGUACAUAUAACAAAUGUGAGUCUUUCUGGGUAAGUCUUUAAGAGCUUUGCACACCUAGAUAUUUGCACAUUAUUCUUUAAAAAAUUAUUCAAGCUCUGUCAAGUUGGUUGUUGAUCAUUGCUAGACAGCCAUUUUCAAGUCUUGACAUAGAUUUUCAAGCCGAUUUAAGUAAAAACUGUAACUAGGCCAUUCAGGAACAUUCAACGUCGUCUUGGUAAGCAACUCCAGUGUAUAUAUGGCCUUGUGCUUUAGGUUAUUGUCCUGUUGAAAGGUGCAUUUGUCUCCCAGUGUCUGUUGGAAAGCCGACUGAACCAGGUUUUCCUCUAGCAUUUUUCCUGUGCUUAGCUCUAUUUCGUUUCUUUUUAUCCUAAAAAAACUCCCUAGUCCUUGCUGAUGACAAGCAUACCCAUAACAUGAUGCAGCCACCACCAUGCUUGAAAAUAUGAAGAGUGGUACUCAGUGAUGUGUUGUGUUGGAUUUGCCCCAAACAUAACAUUUUGUAUUAACAGUUUUACUUUAGUGCCUUAUUGCAAACAGGAUGCAUGUUUUAGAAUAUUUGUAUUCUGUACAGGCUUCCAUCUUUUCAUUUAGGUUAGUAUUGUGGAGCAACUAUAAUGUUGUUGAUCCAUCCUCAGUUUUAUCCUAUCACAGCCAUUAAACUCUGUAACUGUUUUAAAGUCACCAUUGGCCUCAUGGUGAAAUCCCUGAGCGGUUUCCUUCCUUUCUGGCAACUGAGUUAGGAAGGACACCUCUAUAUUUUUAAUGACUGGGUGUAUAGCUACACCAUCCAAAGUGUAAUUAAUGAGGCAUUGGAAAACCUCCCUGGUCUUUGUGGUUGAAUCUGUGUUUGAAAUUCACUGCUUGACUGAGGGACCAUUCAGAUAAUUGUAUGUGUGGGAUACAGAAAUGAGGUAGUCAUUAAAAAAUUAUGUAAAACACUAUUAUUGCACACAGAGUGAGUCCAUGCAACUUAUUAUGUGACUUGUUAAGCACAUUUUUACUCCUGAACUUAUUUAGGCUUGCCAUAGCAAAGGGGUUGAAUACCUAUUGACUCAAGACAUUUCUGCUUUUCAUUUUGAAUUAAUUAGUAACAUUUUGUAAAAACAUAAUUCCACUUUGACAUUAUGGGGUAUGUGUGUAGGCCAGUGAACCAAAUUCAGGCUGUAACACAACAAAAUGUGGAAAACCUCAAGGGGUGUGAAUACGUUUUGAAGGCACUGUAAGCCAUCUGUUUCAGGAAUGGCAACAGCGACUGUAGACAGGACAGCAGACAAAUACAGUACUGAAACUGAUGAGAUGCUAACACUUAUAGCAAAUGUCUAGGCCACACUAGCCCACAUCCUGUGAAACUGGGUCAUGUUCCACAUUAGCCCACGUCGUGUGAAACCUUGGUCAUGUUCAGCAGAAAGUUUUUGAGGUCCAAUGAAAACAAAUUACGUUUACCUACAGUAUUGAGAAGCCCUUUACCCUUUAUUUGACUAAUUGAUUCUUGCCCGUCUUUACUUUGAUGAGGAGAGAGAGCGAGAGAGCGAGAGAGAGAGAGAGAGAGAGAGAGAGAGAGAGAGAGAGAGAGAGAGAGAGAGAGAGAGAGAGAGAGAGAGAGAGAGAGAGAGAGAGAGAGAGAGAGAGAGAGAGAGAGAAGCCUUAGGAACAAACUGAAAUCUGGCCAAGGCUUCUUCUGUUCACUCUUUAUCAGGGAACACAAAUACCCCUCCUCUUGAGACCAGCACUCAACGCGUGACAGAUUGUGUGUGUGUUCCUCAGGACCUGUGUGGAGUGUCAUCUACAAGCAGAAGAGGAGGCCACAGAGGAGUGUGUCCAAAGGUGCAGCGUCUCUCACGUCUUCAUCAACAAUUCCACAGGUUAGUUACUCCUGCCUGUCUGUCUUUCUGUCUGAUCUGUUUAUAGACACGAGUAGCCGAAUCAUGACUGAUAAGAUUCAAAUCAAUAUUGUGAAAUGAGAACUAGAGAAUGUGACAGCAGAAACAGCAUUAUAACCACUUGUUUUAAUCAAAUGUGUGAUUGCUAGGCUUGAUGCCAGACUAUUUCUGCAUCCAACAAUGGUACAUUGUUUCCUUGCCAACCCUGAUGAAGAAGUUUCUGGGGGAACUUUCCCUUGUCUGGCCCUUGCUUUUACCUGUUUAAUAUGAUCACCCCACGUUGUUUGCCCUGCAUGGGUAAUAAACAGACUAGCAUGUAAAGUUCCCCCAUGGGUCAGAGAUCUGGAGGUAUGCUGGCCCGUCCUGCAUCAAGUGUCUCUCUUUGCCCCUAUCUUCACUCUCUUCAACCCUUUCCCUCUCCCAACAGAACACUGUCUGGGUCCAGUGUUAACCUGACACUAGACAAAGGGGAACAUAUUAUUUACCUUGUUCUACAGACGGGGCUAUUGUGGUGCUGGUUGAAAAUACAAGGACCUGGCUUUGCGGGUUUGUUCCUUUAAAUGGGAGCUUAUUUUGAACCCGUUCACACUAAUGCAAGCUGAGAGGUGUAUCUGAUCAUCGCACCAGAUCUUCAGGACUCAGAUGUGAAAUACAAUGGUGUGACACACACACACACGCACACACACACACACACAUUCACACAACAUAGAUCUUGGCCUUUGAUAUGGAAAUCAUAUUGGCAGCAGAAUAGAGAGGAGGGUAUCCUCUUACGUCCUCUUACAAUGCAGAGGGAAGUUGAUAUAUGGCUUAUUCAUUCAUUCCAUCUUCAUAGAUGUGUAUGUGUCCACAUUGCUUUUCAGAGUACGAUGAGAGCCAGUCCAUGCUGUGUAACCUAAAGAGCGAGAACGAGUGCUUCAUCUCUUUCAAUGUGGUGGCUGGGGACACAGGGAGCACUGUGUAUAAUCUAAAGAUGUACGGUAAGGUCAACACCACACCUUGGGCCAGAUUCACUUAAAGGUUUUGAACAUCACAUAAAAGUAUGAACAGUGAGAGAACCUGGAAUUAAAAUAGAUUUUUGGGGGGGGUUUGUAUCAUUUGAUAUACACAACAUGCCUACCACUUUGAAGAUGCAAAAUAUGUUUUAUUGUGAAACAAACAAGAAUUAAGACAAAAAACUGAAAACUUGAUCGUGCAUAACUAUACAAAGUCCAAUACUUUGUAGAGCCACCUUUUGCAGCAAUUACAGCUGCAAGUCUCUUGGGGUAUGUCUCUAUAAACUUGGCACAUCUAGCCACUGGGUUGUUUGCCCAUUCUUCAAGGCAAAACUGCUCUAGCUCCUUCAAGUUGGAUGUGUGCCGCUGGUAUACAGCAAUCUUUAAGUCAUACCACAGAUUCUCAAUUGGAUUGAGGUCUGGGGUUUGACUAGGCCAUUCCAAGACAUUUAAAUGUUUCCCCUUAAACCACUCGAGUCUUGCUUUAGCAGUAUGCUUAGGGUCAUUGUCCUGCUGGAAGGUGAACAUCUGUCCCAGUCUCAAAUCUCUGGAAGACUGAAACAGGUUUCCCUCAAUAAUUUCUCUGUAUUUAGCACCAUCCAUCAUUCCUUCAAUUCUGACCAGUUUCCCAGUCCCUGCCAAUGAAAAACAUCCCCACAGCAUGAUGCUGCCACCACCAUGCUUCACUGUGGGGAUGGUGUUCUCGGGGUGAUGAGAGGUGUUGGGUAUGCGCCAGACAUUUUCCUUGAUGGCCAAAAAGCUCAAUUUUAGUCUCAUCUGACCAGAGUACCUUCUUCCAUAUGUUUGGGGAGUCUCCCACAUGCCUUUUGGCAAACACCAAACGUGUUUGCUUCUUUUUUCUUUAAGCAAUGGCUUUUUUCUGGCCACUCUUCCGUAAAGCCCAGCUCUGUGAAGUGUAUGUCUUAAAGUGGUCCUAUGGACAGAUACUCCAAUCUCCGCUGUGGAGCUUUGCAGCUGCUUCAGGGUUAUCUUUGGUCUCUAUGUUGCCUCUCUGAUUAAUGCCCUCCUUGCCUAGUCCGUGAGUUUUGGUGGGCAGCCCUCUCUUGGCAGGUUUGUUGUGGUGCCAUAUUCUUUCCAUUUUUUAAUAAUGGAUUUAAUGGUGCUCCGUGGGAUGUUCAAAGUUUCUGAUAUUUUUUUAUAACCCAACCCUGAUUUGUACUUCUCCACAACUUUGUCCCUGACCUGUUUGGAGAGCUCCUUGGUCUUCAGGGUGCUGCUUGCUUGGUGGUGCCCCUUGCUUAGUGGUGUUGCGGACUCUGGGGGCCUUUCAGAACAGGUGUAUAUAUACUGAGCUCACGUGAAACUUAGAUUGCACACAGGUGGACUUUAUUUAACUAAUUAUGUGACUUCUGAAGGUAAUUGGUUGCACCAGAUCUUAUUUAGGGGCUUCAUAGCAAAGGGGGUGAAUAAAUAUGCACGCACCACUUUUCCGUUAUUUAUUGUUUAGAAUUUUUUGAAACAAGUUAUGUUUUUCAUUUCUCUUCACCAAUUUGGACUAUUUUGUCUAUGUCCAUUACAUGAAAUCCAAAUAAAAAUCAAUUUAAAUUACAGGUUGUAAUGCAAUAAAAUAGGAAAAACGCCAAGGGGGAUGAAUACUUAACAGGCAGGGGUGAGAAUCUCAGUGGGAAACAUUGGAAACGGAAUGGCCAAUGAUCUGCUUGCCAGACAGAUUUUUCACACCUGUCAAUAUAUAAUAUAUAUUCAUAACAUUAGCAUAAAAGGACUCCAUAUCUAUCACAACCUGGGUAACAAUCACUAUAAUGUUCAGAUAAUUUAUCUCGAAAAGUGUGCUAACAAAACUUGCUAUUACAGUUACACCUCGAAAGCGUGUCUCUGUGAUGACUACGGAAGUAACUGUGUUUGUGUGUUUGUCUGUCUCUCUCUCUCUCUCUCUCUCCCUCCAGACUGUCCUGAGCCCCCAAACAUAGCUAUGAUAGUACUGGGGGUCUCUCUGUCCAUCCUCACCAUCGGCCUCAUCCUGCUGGGGGUGUGGAAGCUGCUGAUCUCAGUCCACGACCGCAAAGAGGUCGCCAAGUUUGAGGCCGAGAGGGCAAAGGCUAAAUGGCAGUCGGUGAGAUGGUGUCCUUGUCCUCAUUUGCUCUGUGUAAUGUCAAUUACUCUGAAAUUCUUGUAUAAUUUACUGUUAAACUGUUUUUUUUCUUUCUCCACAGGGUACAAACCCUCUGUUUAGAAGCUCGACGUCAACGUUUAAAAAUGUAACUUAUAAAAGCGCAGGGGGACCGAAAGUUGAUAUUCAUUCAAUGGAUGGCUACUGAUGAUGACAUCAGCUUUUAUAUAUCAAAUAUUUACCCGCAGUUGAGUGCACUGGAUGUCCGUUGUAGAGAUGUUUAUGUUGUAUAGGACCUAUGUGUGUGUGUGUGUGUGUGCG